GUUGAGGGGGUGGGAAGAGCAGCUGCGUCUCGGGAGCCAGGCUGUUAGGGCGGGGCUGCGGACGCCGCGCGAGCGUCGCCGGGCUCUUUUCUGGAGACCGAGGCGAGGGCAAGGGGUGGCUGGGCCCUGGCCGGAGCGGCGAGCCGGGGCGAGCUGAGAGAAGCCGCUCCGGGCACCCCCACCACCGCGCGCCUCAGUGGUCCGGGCCAAGGGAAGGACUCGCUGCUGCUGGGCUCGCACCGCUGUCAGUGCGGCGGGGUGCGCGAGCAGCGCGGGCGCAGGGCGGGCUGAGCUGAGAGAAGCCGAGGGGGCGACGGGGGCGACUCCCGCGCUUGUACUCAGCUCCUCACGCUGCGGCCGGGGCCGCCUUCUUCCUCCCUCCCUCACUCCCUCCCUUCCGCCCCCGAGUGCGGCGGCACCGCCUCCUUCCGCGCCGCGCGGCUUCCUCCAGACCUCUCAGCGCGGGUGAGCCCUCUUCCCUGAGGCAGUUGGUGCUGACCCUAUAACACAAAAGAAGAACUUGCUGGCUGAGCUCAGCCUUGCUACUGGUGGCCAACAUGUCCUUGAAGAUCCAGACGAGCAACGUAACCAACAAGAAUGACCCCAAAUCCAUCAACUCUCGGGUUUUCAUUGGAAACCUCAACACAGCUGUGGUGAAGAAGUCAGAUGUGGAGACCAUCUUCUCCAAGUAUGGCCGUGUGGCCGGCUGUUCUGUGCAUAAGGGCUAUGCCUUUGUCCAAUAUGCCAACGAGCGCCAUGCCCGGGCAGCUGUGGUGGGAGAGAAUGGGCGAGUGCUGGCUGGCCAGACCCUGGACAUAAACAUGGCUGGAGAGCCGAAGCCCAACAGACCCAAGGGGCUAAAGAGAGCAGCAUCUGCCAUAUACAGUGGCUACAGCUUUGACUAUGAUUACUACCGGGACGACUUCUACGACAGGCUCUUCGACUAUCGGGGCCGCCUGUCACCAGUGCCAGUGCCCAGAGCAGUCCCUGUGAAGCGACCCCGGGUCACCGUCCCCUUGGUCCGACGUGUCAAAACCACCAUACCUGUCAAGCUCUUUGCCCGCUCCACAGCCAUCACCACCGGCACAGCCAAGAUCAAGUUAAAGAGCAGUGAGCUGCAGACCAUCAAGACAGAGCUGACCCAGAUCAAGUCCAACAUUGAUGCCUUGCUGGGGCGCUUGGAGCAGAUUGCCGAGGAGCAAAAGGCCAAUCCAGAUGGCAAAAAAAAGGGCGAGAGUAGCAGCGGCGGUGGCGGCAGCAGCGGCAGCAGUGGUCCUGGCGGCAGCAGCAGGCCCCCGGCCCCCCCGGAGGACACAGCUUCUGAGGCGGGCACGCCCCAGGGAGAAGCACAGGCUCGAGACGAUGGUGAUGAGGAGGGGCUGCUAACACACAGCGAGGAAGAGCUGGAGCACAGCCAGGACACAGACGCGGAGGAUGGGGCCUUGCAGUAAGCAGUCUGACAGGAGCGAUGGCCACCAGCAGGAGAAAGGCGUGCACUGUACCAGGCCUCAAGCUGGGCACCCACCCCUGGAUAGCACCCUCAGCGGGUCCCAGAGGAGAGCUGGCAGCAGGCACCACCUCCCUCACGUGUAUCAGCCAGUGGCGCAUUCUCUGCAGGUGGAGUUAUCAGCAUCCCUUCCUCACGUACCCUCCCUGUUGGUACUGCCCAGGCCAGAGGGCAGAGCACAGUCUCCCUACACUCUGCCUCCCCUCCCCAGGACAUUCCCAGGCUUGGGGUUUUUCUAUAGGUUUGGAGCGGGGUGGGGCCCACAGGGAGGGGACCUUGACAAUAAAGAGAUUGGAUCCCAACUUGCUCUGA